CUCCCAUUCCGGCCCCAUUCCUUCUUUAGACGAUGAAUCCGGCCAACUCUCCCGUUCUUCUUCCUCCUCGACGGCGAAAUAGACGGCAAUUCGUCCUUCCGAUCGUGUCUCCGGCAGAGAAAAUUGAUGUCGGAGGAGGUGCAGAGGUGGAAGCCAACCGGCGGCGGUACUGCGCUCAUCCGGCACCGUAGUGGUCGGGGGAAGGUCUUGUGGAGAAGCAGAGGAGGCGGUGGUGGCUGUAUUAGUUCCCGGCCAGAAAGUGAUGGCGGCGGUGGUUAUAACUGUUAUCCAUGCCCACAAGUUGUUGGCUAGGGUUUGGAACAAGUAGACUUCACGAUCUUGAGGUCUGUCUUCUCUGUGUUAGACGAAGAAGAAGAAGAAGAAGAAGAUUUCUAUUUACAUUAUCAACAAGUCUGGAGGCUUAAUCUUCUUCUACAAGGAUUAUGGAGGAUACGAACGAUAGCUUACGGUUGGCCAGCCAAUUCGAUUGUGCUGUAGGGAUUGAACUUCUUCAAUCCGAUACAAUUCAAUUCCAAUCACUUACAGGAAAAAUAGAAAAGGGGAGUCUCCUCCUCAGUCUCUGUAUAUUUGGGAAAGAUUUUAAGCAUGUAAAGAAGUUUCUAGGAUGCGACAUAAUCUCAUUCUACUAUGGAAAUAAAUUCUAUGAGAGCGAUGAAUAUCGUAAAUGGUCAGAUUGCAAGAAAGCUGUAAAGGGGACGAUAUUUUUAGGGAAAUGGAUUUUCAACGGCUUCAGAUUGGAAGAACUGUUGAAUCGUUUGUCUACGCAUGUGUCAGAAGAAGGUGAAAAAUCUAUAUCCCAGGCUUCUAAAUUGUUCAAAGAUAGGAAGAUGACAUUGGUAGAAUUCGUCUUAACCUUAAAAGAUAUUACUGGUACGAAGAAUUUGGUAGAAGCAGUGGCGAUAGGAAAAGGAAAGAAAGAUCUAACAAGAAUGAUGAGAGGGCCUCGGAAAAGAAAACUUGAUCUCCCGGAUGGACUAACAUGUUUUUCUUCUCUUACGCCUGCCCAAAUUAUUGAAUUUUUAAGUGGAUCAGAUAUCCAUAAAAGGAAGGGUGCGCAGAAUGAUGGUUUAUUUUGGGAAGCUGUUUGGCCUCUUUUGCUUGCACGAGGGUGGCAUUCGGAACAGCUGAGAUCAUGGUAUACCAAAACAGAAUCUCUAGUAUUUUUAGUUCCAGGGGUUGCAAAGUUCUCGAGAAGAGGGGGAUUAGUAAAAGGAAUGCACUAUUUUGAUUCAGCUCUGGAUGUCUUGAACAAGGUUUUCUCGGAUCCUAGCCUUCUAGAGGCUGUUAAGGAGGAGGAGGAGCCACUAAAAGAGUGUGAAAAUCAUGAUUCGAUUAGCCUGUUUUGUAAUGUGGUGGACACUAUUAAUCAUAUAGAUUCUGAAAACGGAAUGGAUCCUAUCCUUCUAGAGGAGGUUGAUGGGAGCAGUUCUGAGCCUGAGCCUGCUAAGAAACAACAGAAGAAGAUGUCAGAAGAACCGCGUCCAUUGUUUGACCUUAAUUAUCCUCCUCCAGUGUUGUUUGACCUUAAUUAUCCUCCUCCAGUGCCAGACGGUUUCGAUCCAUGUGGCAUUUUUUUGACGAAGGAUGAAGACGGCUUGGAUUGUAAUGAACCAAAGAAACCAUCGGAUGAGGAGGAGCAGACGACGACGGUGCAGGCUAUUGAGAAUGGUGUGGGCAGAGGAAGAGUGGUAGGAGGAGUCCUCCAACUGCAAGAGUAAUGGAAGCUUUAGUUGAUGGGUCUUUGAUAACAGCAGGCCGUCCUACCAUCAAAUCUAAACUAACUUUCACCUAAAUUUCUUCAUUCCUUAAUUUGUGACAGACUUUUCCUGGUCUAAAGUGGGCAUUCUAGAAUUGUGAAUAUUUUGUUUAAGUUAAGAGGAUUUUAUUUCAUAUUUUUAGUUAUAAUGUAUGAAUUUUGGAUGC